AUGAAACUCUUCACUGUUCUGCUGCUGGCCAGCCUAGCCGCCACGUCUCUUGCCGCCCCUCACACUACGCAGAUCACUCAAACUAGCCAUUCCAGGAAGGAUCACAUUUCCAAUGAGGUUCUUUCUAAGGAGCCUUUCAUCUUCAGAGAAGAGCUGAUUUCCGAAGAUAAUGUGGUGAUUCAAGCUACCAGACCAAAGAGUCACAAGACCCAGCAGCAGCAAGAGGACAGAUUCCAAAAUGCUGAGCAGCCAUCAGAAAAGCUUACAGAAUUCAUUCCCAGGCCUGCUUCAGAGCUAUUCAAGUUUUUCCAUCCCAAAGCAUCCUUUGCAAGGUCCUGA